UGCUGGCUGGUGACAGGGUCCGGCCUGCUGCCCGCCGCACCCCGGGAGUUCCCCAAGCGAGGCUCUGAGGGCUUUUUCCCAGGGUGUCUGUCAAAACGCACGUUUGGUCGUUUACAGACCGCUCUUAUUUUUUAAAAAUACGAAAUGCUUCAGUCCUUUAGGCUGUGCGUUUCCUGGUGAGGGCUGUGCCUUGGAGAGGCUGGUGCAGAGCCUGUCGGACAAGUCUGCCCAGGCACAGCGUGGGUUAAGUUAACAAUUCCACGUGUUCAUGCUGUCCGGCCUUCCCGGCAGGAGCAAGGACAAUUUGGAAAAGAUUUUAUUAAUUAAGAGUUGUUUGUACAAAAUCAAGUGUUGUAGCUUUUUGCAGAAAAAUUUGCUGUAGAGGAAGGUUGCUGGAUGAACUUCUUUUUCUGAAUGCCUAGUUGCAAAAGUUGAUAGUUCUGCUCUCGAUGAAGUGGCUGCCAACAAUUGGGUCAUCUGCCCUAAGAGUCUGCUCACGCAAACAUGCUCGUGUUUGUAAAUGGCUUUUCAUACAAAAUGUGCUCUGUGAGCCACCUCUCUGAAGCCAGGCACUUGGCCUGGCACUCUUUAGUGGCAGAUCACUCUUUGUCGAGAAGGGUCCACAGGUCACUGUUCCUUUUAGGAACAAUUACAGACAACAAAUAUGGGAAAGAAACGCAUCAAAGGCAAAACUGCACAGUCUGAUGAGUCUCUGGAUAUACUGAAACCUGUGUGCAAGCAUAUUCGUAAAGGACUGGACCAAGGGCAUGUGAGAAGGGCACUGCAGAAUGUGGAGUGGCGUGUUUGUCAGGACUGCAAGGCAGACAGUAAGACACAAGAGAAGGCUGAGGAAGACACUGAUGAAGGCACUUCGAUAUGGUUAUGCCUCAAAUGUGGCCAUAGGGGCUGUGACAGAAAUUCUCCAGACCAGCAUGCUUUAAAGCAUUAUCAAACACCAAGAUCAGAUCCCCACUGUUUGGUUCUCAGUUUGGACAACUGGAGUGUGUGGUGCUACCUGUGUGAUAAUGAAGUUCCAUAUAAAACUUCAAGCCUUUUGGGCCAGACUGUGGAUUUUGUUAGAAAGCAAGUUGGUAUUGACUCAUCACAUGCAGAAAAACAAGAGAACAAAGAAGUUGAAAAUAAAAAAGUAGAAAAAGACAGCAAAAAUGAGCAAGAAAAAGAAGUUUCACUUAAAGAAGAAAAUUCUCAUUCAACUGCUAAUGGAGAAAUAACUGUGAAAGGACUUAGUAACUUGGGGAAUACGUGUUUCUUUAAUGCAGUGAUGCAGAAUUUAUCACAAACUCCAGUCCUGAGGGAGCUGCUUAAAGAAGCUAAAAUGCCUGGCACAACAGUUAAAAUCGAGGCACCUGAGCUAUGCAUGGAACCUCAGCUAAUAAAACUAGAUCAGCCAGGCCCUUUAACACUAGCCAUGCAUCAGUUUGUGACAGAAAUGCAAGAGACCAAAAAAGGGGUAGUGACUCCUAAGGAACUUUUUGCUCAGGUUUGUAAAAAAGCAAUACGAUUCAAAGGUUACCAGCAGCAAGACAGUCACGAAUUGCUUCGUUACUUACUUGAUGGAAUGAGAGCAGAGGAAAUCCAGCAAAUAACUGUUGGAAUACUAAAGGCACUGAGUGAUUCUAACAAACAAAAUGAGGAAGAACUUAAAACGAAAAUUAAAGAAUACGAGAAGAAAAAGGGAAUACAAAGUUUUGUAGAUCGAAUCUUUGGUGGAGAAUUAACCAGCACAAUUAUGUGUGAGGAAUGCAGAACUGUAUCCUUGGUCCAUGAGUCUUUCCUUGAUUUGUCACUUCCUGUACUAGAUGUUCAGAAAGUGAAAAUUACAAAGCGAGAAAACAUUAAAAAAAACAAAGAAAAGGAAUCUGAACAUGAAGAGGACGAAAUCAAUGACCAUUACAUUAAGCAGAAAGAUGAGCCCCCUGCUACAAGUAAGCACCUUCAGAAAAAAGCGAAGAAACAGGCCAAAAAACAAGCCAAGAGCCAACGCCAGCAGCAAAAACGUCAAGGAAGGAUCUUGACACAUCUCGGCGCAACCAAACAGCCAGAGACAGAUGUCGAGUACAACCAAGAAUCAGAGACUGAAAUAAGCUCUGAAACUCUUGAUAAGAAGCAAGAAGAGAAAUCAUCACAUUAUUGCAAAGAUCACUGCUUAACUCAAAAAGAUUUGAGUAUACAGAGAAAUAAUACAGAAAUUGAGAGCUGGCAUGAAAAUACAGAAAAGCCAGAACAAGAAUGUGAAGAAAACAAGUCUCUCACGGAUCUCUGUGUGGAGGGCUUAGAUUCUCCUAUGAAGUUUGUCAAUGGCCUUGACAAUCUGUCUUUGAAAGAGGAGGAUGAUGACAAUGAAGAUGAGGAAGAGCUUGCUGUGGACUUUUCAAAACUCCACUUGGGUGCCAGUGAAUCUGACAUGAGUACCUUGGAUGGCCUUGUUCCUAACAAGACAUGCGAAGUAUCUACAGAUGACCCUGAAAAGGCAUUUUGUACUCUGGCAAACAGGGAAGAGCUGAACCCUGAGGAAGAUUCAAUCCAUCACUGUUUGUAUCAAUUUACCCGUAAUGAAACACUUACUGAGACGAAUAAACUUCUGUGUGAUGUGUGUACACAAAGGCAUUGUGGACCAAAGAACAACAUAAAAAGUGAAAAGAAGUAUGUUUAUACUAAUGCCAAAAAGCAGAUGCUCGUCUCUCUAGCUCCUCCAGUUUUAACCCUUCACUUAAAGAGGUUUCAGCACGCUGGAUUUAAUCUGCAGAAGGUUAACAGGCAUAUCAAGUUCCCAGAAGUGAUAGACUUGGCUCCUUUCUGUACAGCUAAAUGUAAAAAUGUGGCUGAAGGGAAUACAAAGGUCUUGUACUCUCUCUAUGGAGUUGUCGAACACAGUGGAACAAUGAGGUCUGGGCACUACACGGCCUAUGUUAAAAUGAGAGCUAUGAACAACCAUCUCUCUGAUCUUGUCCUUCGAGGACAAUUUCAAGCUUUAGAAACUGAGCCGGUCAAAGGUCAGUGGUUCCACAUCAGCGAUACCCACGUACAACCUGUCUCUGUGUCCAAGGUGCUGAGCUCCCAAGCCUAUCUUCUGUUCUAUGAGAGGCUGCUGUAACUCAUCAGAAGAGCCCUCUUGUGUGUGCAGCCACCUUCUUUGGAGGUCUGAGAGAAGGCAGACUUGCAAGUCAUGUUAACAUGUUGGAGCUACUGUAUAACAAGAACUCAAUUUAUGCAUUUUAGACACACUGACAAGCGGUUAACUUAUACUUUUUCCAGUGUUUCCACUACUUUACAGUAAAAAUUUUUUUCAAAAUUA